GUCAGAAACUCAAGCAGCAAAUGAAAACAACUCACAGAUCUCAACGUCCAAAAUAUUGGGUGGGAAUUUCAUUGGAAAAUGUUCACUUUUUCAAUCUUUCUUGCAAUCGUUCUUUCCCAUGUGCUGGUCAAAAUGCAGGAGAUAUGGGAUUUUCCGAAGCCGGUUGUGUCUCUGAAUCCUUCGUAUGAGGUGUUUUUGGGAGGAGAGUCAACAUCGGUGAGCUGCAGCUGUCAAUGUCCAGUCACAAGUAUAUGCUCGUGCUACAAUUCCAAAUGCAGGGAAGCAGAACUUUCUGAAGGACAAUGUGAAACAUAUUUGCAUUUAAAAGAUUUAAAGAGAGGUAAAACAAGUUACAAGUGUGAAUGUUUCUUUGUAUUGGAGAAUGGAACACGGAAAAGAUCAAGAUUUACUGACUCCAUUCAGAUAUAUGUCGGAGAUGAACUCUCCAAACCGACGAUCCAAGUGCUCUCAGAUUCCGGUUUCAAUUCAAGUGGGGACUAUGUUGUGAUUUCCUGCAAAGGUGAUAUUCGCCCCAGAGGAGGAAUAUUCUACUUGUUCAACAGUCGCAGGAAUUAUUUUACACAUGAACAUCAUGUGUCUGGUCUUGAAGAUACGACAGUCUUUACAAUCAAUGUCCAUGAACAGACUUCUGUAGGAAAUUACAGUUGUCGAUAUCAAACAGAGGUUCAUGGACAUUUUACCAUUUCCCCAUCCAGCCAAUUUGUUGCAGUUGUGAAGAAAAGAAAGGAGGAUCACACAUCAAAAGAACAAGAUCACACCGCGGUGACAUUGGUACAUCUCUGCCUCAGUGUGUUCGUGCUCAUUCUGAUGGCGGUCAUCAUUUUGUCGAACAUUUUGCAAGCGGCUUGCCACUAGCAGGGCAGAGAAAGGAUCCGAGAAAACGCACUGUUCAUCUCUUCACAACAGGAGUAGGAUGUUUGAAGUAUGAAUCGAUUCACUUGCUGUUUCCAGUGUGUUUUCGGAAGAUGGGUUACAAUUCUGUGCUUUCUGUCACUCCCUGCCAGUUGCUUCACACUUGUGCCUACUCCAAGCUGUUCCCUCUCUCUCCCACACAUUCAGAAGGUAGCAAAGCUUCUCAUCCAAUCGUACAGCGUGGAAAAGGUCCUUCAGCCGAUCGAAUCUGUAUUGCCAAAAACUGUUAUAAAUCUACAGUAGUCCC